AUGAAUAAGGAAGCUAGACAUGAUACCGGCUCGAACGUCGCCCGGGUUACCAAGGUUCGCGCUGGUCCGCUCCCGCUCCGGCGACCAGUGAGAAGUAAGCUAGGACGCAAGGUGGACCGCAAGGAGGACAUCAAGAAACAUCUGAGACUCGCAGGAUGGAACGUGAGGACGCUGCUUGAUCGACCUGGAUCUAAACGACCGGAAAGGCAAACAGCGCUAGCAGCAAGGGAGUUGUCAAGGUACAGCAUCGACGUGGCAGCACUGAGUGAAACCCGGCUGGCUCUAAGUGGCAGCUUGGUUGACCAAGGAUACACCUUUUUCUGGAGUGGAAGAGAGGAGAGGGAGAAAAGAGAGGCUGGAGUUGGUUUUGCUAUAAGAAACCAAAUCGCCCAGAAGUUGGAACAAGAACCGGUAGCUGUAAGCGACAGAAUAAUCACUCUACGCCUUCCUCUGCAGGGGACGGUGUGGGCUACUAUUGUUAGUGUCUACGCCCCGACCAUGACUAACCCUGAUGAGAUAAAGGAAGAUUUCUAUCAGAAGUUGAGGGAAACUAUCAGAGAAGUGCCCAGCACCGAUAAGCUCAUUAUAGCCGGAGACUUAAAUGCCAGAGUUGGAGAUGAAGUGGAAAACUGGCCUGGAGUAUUGGGACAUUAUGGCGUGGGCAAGUGCAACACCAAUGGAGAACUCCUCCUAGCCUUGUGCUCUGAAUAUGGUCUGGUGAUAACCAACACUGUUUUCAAGCAUAAGCACACCCACAAGACGACAUGGAUGCACCCGAGGUCUAAGCACUGGCACCUCAUCGACUACGUGAUCACUAGGCAGAGAGACCAGAGGGACAUAGUCAACACCAGAGCAUUUAGAGGGGCUGAUUGCAACACAGAUCAUAACAUGGUGCUGUCCAAAAUCGCCUUCUCACUAAGGAAACAAGUCAAGAAAACUGGAGGACAGCACAGGUACAAUCUCAACGUGGCCAGACUGAAGUGUGACAGUGUGCGCAAAGACUUUCAGAGAAGUAUGACAACAUCACUACAGGAGAGCUCAACAGGAGACUCGGAUGUUGUAGGGAAGUGGGAGACGUUAAGGGAUACAGUAUUUAAUACAGCAAAAGAAAUCCUAGGCAAACCGAAACGCAAGCACCAGGACUGGUUUGACGAAACAGACGAGGAGCUAAACAGACUACUAGAGGAGAGGAACCAGGCAAAAGCAAGACAGCUGACUGUAAACACCAGGUCUACCAGGGCAAACCUUGCAUCAGCACGCAGCAAACUACAGAAGUACACCCGACAGAAGAAGUCUCAGUGGUGGGAGACUAAAGCAGAGGAACUGCAGCACGCCGCAGCAGAAAACGACAUGAAGUCCUUCUAUGGAGGUCUUAGAGAAGUAUAUGGCCCACAAAAGAGAGGUACUGCCCAACUGCUCGCUCUUGAUGGAGAGACUGUGUUGACAGACAACAAGAAGAUGCUGGAAAGAUUUGCUCAGCACUUCGACCAGUUGUUAAAUCUGCCUGGAAACGUGGAUAGUGCUGCUCUUGCGAGCAUCACCCAACGUCCAACAGUCCACGUACUGGAUGAGCCCCCAAAGAUGGAUGAACUUCUGAAGGCGAUCGCAGCAACUAAGGAAAGCAAAGCUCCUGGAUGUUGUGGGAUACCUGCAGAAGUAUGGAAGUAUGGUGGUACAACACUCAAAGAGAGGUUGCUAGAUGUGAUCGGAGAUAUCUGGAUAGGAGAGAAGAUUCCACAAGAUUGGAAGGACGCGAAUAUAGUCCCUAUAUUCAAGAAAGGCAGUCGUAAAGAGUGCGGCAACUAUCGCGGCAUUUUCUACUCUCAAUCGCUGGGAAGGUGA